GUGCUCACAGCGGCGAAUUCAAAGCUCACUGAGGGCUGGACGCGGAAGAGCGGGAGCGCGCCGUCGGCAGGAUGGAGGUGGCGGAAGACGGGGUGCGGGGCCCCGCGCUAGAGGCCCUGGGCAAGCUGGCACACGUCCUGGAGCCUACAGGCCUGCAAGAGGAGGCAGAGCUGCCGGCCCAGCUCCUGGCGGAGUUUGUGAUGGACUCCCGGAAGAAAGACAAGCUGCUGUGCAGCCAGCUGCAGGUGGUAGACUUCCUGCAGAACUUCCUGGCUCGGGAGGACACUGCCCAGGGACCAGAGCCCUUGGCUUCUGAGGACGCCAGCCGGCAGAAGGCAAUUGCUGCCAAGGAGCAGUGGAAAGAGCUGAAGGCCACCUACCAAGAGCAUGUGGAGGCCAUCACCAGGGCCCUGAGCCUGGCCUUGCCCAGGAUGGAGGAGGCCCAGAGGAAGCGGGCGCAGCUCCAGGAAGCCCUUGAACAGCUCAAGGCCAAGAAGCAAGCGGCCAUGGAGAAGCUGAGAACAGCCCAGGAGCAGUGGCGGCUGCGCCAGGAGAAGCGUCUGCAGCAGCUGGCAGAAGCUUCUGCGGAGGUGAGGCUGCGGCAGACGGGGGCCCAGCAGGAGCUCCGGCGUCUGCAUCAGGAGCUUGGAGCCCUACGGCAGCAGGCGGGGCAGGAACGGGACAGGCUACAGAGGCACCAGACCUUCCUCCAGCUGCUGCACACCCUGCAGGGUCAGCUGCCGUGUCCCGAGGCCGAGACGGAGCCCCCACGGAAGCUGGACCCUGCUGAGGAUGAGCCCCAGCAGCGGAACGCCGGGGAUGCCGUGGGGAGAGACGGGGCUGGGCCGUCCGAGGCUGACGGCCCACCACCUGCUGUGGACGCAGGCUCGCCUUGCCUCCCUGAGGGGCAGCGCCACGGGAAAGGAAGCUAGAGCUGCACGGCGUCCCUGGACUGCAGAGAGCGAGCGAACGAGAGCAGGGGAGAGGCAGACAGAGAGAAUCCCAAGCAGUCUCCGAGCUGUGAGCACAGAGCCUGAUUUGGGCUCGAUCCCAUAAACUAGGAGAUCAUGACCUGAGGCCGAAAUCAGGAGUCAGACGCUCAAACAUCUGAGCCACCCAGGUGCCCCCACUUUUUAUUUUUAUUGCUUUUAUACCACAUUAAAGAAUGAUUUUUUAAAAGCCAGUUUCAUAAUUUUUCUAUCUUUGGUUUUGUUUAUUUUUUUAUCAUUUUGUUUUUAUUCCUUUUAUCUUUUUUCUUCUGAAGGUUGUCAGUGGUUGUUACCCCAGUUUAGCUUUUGAGUUAAUAACGUCUAAAGUUAAGUGUAAGAGUCUCGAUCUUGAACAAGAAAGGAAGCUUGGCACCACUGAUGGGUCAGCACACUUGACUAGUAAGAUGUUUCCGUCUGGUUCAUUACUUCCAGCCUGUUCUCUCCUCACAAAGUGGACUGACUCUUCUCUACAUUUUCUGGUCAUGUUUACUCAUUCACUUUGGUUUUCUGCCUGCCUGAUUUUAUAUGUCAGAGCUUUCACAUGGGGUGAUUUCCCAUCUGAAAUACAUGUGUCGGACUUUCUUUUAGUUAUAGGGUCGGUAGGCUGUGCAACACUUCACUGUUUCUUACUGUGAAAUGCUUUUAUUCUGUUCUCAUUCUGGAAAGAGGUUUUCAUUGCGUAGAGAAUGCUUAGGGCACAAGGGCUUUCGUUUAGAACAUGACUCUAGCUUUCACUGUUGCUGAUGGGAAGUCAGCUGGCCGCUGAAAGUUCUUCCUGUACAUCUGGUUCGUUCAUUCGUUUGUUCAUUCGUUCAUUCACAAUGCUUGUGGUUUGUUGGGCUUUCUAAAUCUGAAAUCGCCAGUCUUUUCAACAGUUUAGGAGUAUUUUCAGUAUCUUCUGUAUAAGCUUCUUCCACACGAGUUAGACAUCAAUUAGAUUUUCUAACUUUGUUCUUCAUGUUAUAUAAACGUUCUUCCAUAUUUAUAGUUACUUUUUUCUCUCUAGGAUGCAUUUUCUUUGUUUAAAUCUCUUUUGUUAACUAUGUUACUUACCUAUUGGAUAAUCGUUAAUUUCAUUUUUUGUCAUUAAUUUUUAAGCAGCUCUGUUAGACCCCAGUCUACGUUAUUUGGAGUUUUUGUGUUAUUCUGGCCUACAGUUUGAGCCGAUCCUUUCUGACCCUCAUACAACAUGUUCCGGUCUUUCCCCGGCGUUGGAAGAGUGCGUAGUUUGCAUCUUUGCGGGCCUGCCUAGGUCCUCACCUUCCUCGUGUGCUCCUUGUUUCUUUGUGUGGUUUAUGUAGUUUUACUCCCAAGUGUCCAUUUUUAUUGAACGUCGCUGUUGGGAAUACUUUGUGGCUGCUCACAGGGGGAGAGGGUGGGUGUGUUUUCUUUGAGUAGCUCGUGGACGCGCUGAUGUUCCUUGGUGUCUCUCCUACUUCUCAUUCUUGCUGGUUGAAGACUCUCUUUUUCAUUCAUAUUUCUCAAAGACUUUUUUCUAUUUUCUCUUUCAAAAGCACAAGCUUUUGGCUGUAUUUUAGUAUUGCUUUAAUGUUCUUUCAUUAUCCUCCUUUCCAAGGUGCCACCCUACAAUUCUUUAUUGAAUUCUAUUUUUAUGUGACUGUUUCCACCAGGAAGAUAAUUCUUGUCAACACUUGGAUGGUUUCAGCAAAGUUAAUCCCUUGCAUUCUAUCUUUACAAUUUUAAAAUUUGUAAAGCCGAGAUUUCACUUUGGAUAUUCUACCCUACUGUGAAAAGAAAGCUAUUCUAAAAUAGAAUAAUAUAAAAUAUGAUAUGUGUUAAAUAAUAACAAAUUACAUAAUAAUUAAAGAAAGCUAUUCUGGCCAUUCUGGUUAAUACACGC